AUGUUUCGACAAACGGAACCUAUUGUUCGGUCUUUGACUCGUAAACGUAAAAAUAUCGAGUCUACUCCUCCUAUCACCGACUACUUUACUACAAUCAAACGUGAUAGAUCCCAAACGGAAGCUAAAAAAGAUGUGAGCCAGAAACUGGAUGAAAAGCUUGAUGACACUUGCGCUCGAUCUACACCGGACUACACUGAACAUGCUCCGUUAUUCUCAUUGGAGGAUUUACGCAUACUUUUGAAAGUACCACUGAAGCCAUCUCUUACCGAUAUUCCAGAUGAAAGCUUGUCCGUUGGGCUGGAGAACUUGCCAGGGAAAAUCUACUCUCAUAUCUUUACGAUUUUGGACAUGCAAUCGGUCACUGCACUUUCUCUGGCUUCGACAAAAAUGUCUUCCCGUGUCAGAUGCUAUGUGUCAACCCACGAUUUCUAUCGUCGUAUGCAGUUGGAUCAUCUCGAUUUUCUAAAUGAAUCCUUCCGCCCUGAUGACGACGAGUUUUUUGAAAACGAUCCAUUUGUUGCGUGUGGGGCACUCAUCAAAUCUAUUACCAUCACGCUAAACACAGAAACUCGCGCAAGGGUUUUUUUGAACAUCUGUCGAAAUUUGCGGAAUCAACUCGGAGGAUCUCUUCAAGGUUUUGGGAGGAUGUUGGAAACUGUGACUGAUAACUGGAAGUUUUCUGAACGGCGCAUCAUGAUCAAAGCGGCAAUUCUAAUCGAUCCUGAUCUUCGUCGUGCCCUCAUCAAAGUUCUAACAGCGAAACCUGGUCAAUGCAUAGGGCUCGAAAUGAAAGUUCGUUCCGGAUUGACUCAAUUGUUUCUGACAAAAAACCAAGAUGUCGAUGAGAUCACUCCGCAGGAAGUCAUUAGUUUCGGAUCGUGGCUCUCAAUUGUCAUAAGAAACGUCGUUGAAAAGUAUCAAGGAAAACUUUAUUUCAUUCUUUUCGGACCUACAAGAUCAUCUAGUACAGGAGAGUUGGUUGAUUGGACGUAUUUCUGUGACGAAGAGACUCAAAAACAUUCGAUACGCAAAUGUGAACCCAACUACAAGAAACUUCUGAAAACGUUGCUCAAUGGGAUUCGUGCUCUUCGAAUCAUGAACAAUUCAAAGAGUUCCGACGACUGGUGGACUGGACAGAAAAUUUAUCAGCUAUUCCUUCGGAUUAUUGAAGCGUGUGGGCAAGAAAGAUGGUCGAUUAAAGCUUCUUCCAUGUCAUUGUCAAUUGAUUCACCCGGAUUACUCAGCGAAUAUCUAGUCAAUUGUCUCGACCCGCAACGUUCAGAUUAUCAAUCGCUUCUAACAGAAGCUGCCGAAAUGGUUUGUCUUGUUCGCAGUCACCUCUAUCGCUGGUCGUCGACUCCCGCUACAUAUCUCGCAGAACCAUUGCACCAUGCUUUCAAUCAUCUUGCGCAAUCGGACGGUCAUUAUGAAGGCGGCUACAAAUCGUUCCUCGAUAAGAUUUGGAAGGUCCAACAAAUCCGAUUGAAAGAGCUGGUGAAGAAUGCAAAAAAUACAACUCAAGCAAGUAAUCGUAUUCGUGAGGAACUUGAUGGACAACUCGCCAUGGCUCGUUUGCUGUGCGAGUUCGCGACUACAAUUUCUUUGCAUAAUCAACAUGCAAUCCAACUCCCUCAAGACGUCGGUGACGAGAUUAUUAAUGAGCCACGGGAGGAAGAUGAACAACUGGAAGAAAUAUGA